CAAAUACCGUCGCCAUUAUUGGAACCUCUGCCAUAUUUAUUUGGUGUAUUUUGAAAACAUUGCCAGUGUGGUCGAUGACGUGGCGAGAGGAGGGUCGCGUCUCGCCGAGCUUCAAAAUGGAUUCCAAUCUACGCGAACAGGUGAUGAUUAACCAGUUCGUCAUGGCGGCGGGAGCGACGAGGGAGCAGGCCAGACAGCUCUUACAAGCGGCCCAUUGGCAGUUUGAGACGGCGCUUAGUAUAUUCUUCCAAGAGGCGGUUCCGAACGGGGGGUCAGCCCAUCAACACCUCAACCACCUCUGCACUCCCGCUAACACCCCUGCAACGCCCCCCGCCUUUCCCGACGCCUUGGCCGCCUUCAGUAAGAUGUCCACUCAGGAGCGGCUCUCGUCCUCCCCGUCAGGUGGAUUCUCGCCCCCGCCGCCCCAGUUCCAGGCCCCGCUGGGUCAAGCCGGGGUGCCCCAUGCGUUGCCCCCCCACCAGCACCCUCUCCAGCACCCCCUCCCCCCUCUACAGCACCCCCCCUCCUCACAGCCAAGACAGAUAAUAACUAAUAAUGUACAGCCAAUGCAGAGAUAAGUUAUAUAGUGCUUCCUCCUCCUCCUCCUCCUCUUCUUCCUCUUCUUCCUCCUCCUCUUCUUCCUAUUUUAUUCCUGCUUCUUCCUUCCUUCCUUCAAUAUGUUAAGCCUGUUUUUUUUUUUUUUUUUAAUCUUUCUCUUCUCUUCCUCCUCCUCCCCCUCCUCUUCUUCCUCCUCCUCUUCUUCCUAUUUUAUUCCUGCUUCUUCCUUCCUUCCUUCAAUAUGUUAAGCCUGUCUUUUUUUCAUCUUUCUCUUCUUCCUCUUUCUCUUCUCUUCCUCCUCCUCCUCCUCUUCUUCCUCCUUCCUUCUUUAAUAUAUUUUUAGUCUUUUGUUUCCUUUUUUUUUUUUUCUUCCUCCUCUUCUUCCUCUUCCUCCUCCUCUCUUUGUUUGCUCUCUUCCUCUCCUCUUUUUUUUCUUCCUCCUCCUCUUUCCUCUUCUUCCUCCUCCUUUCUUUUAAUAUAUUUUUAGUCUUGUUUCCUUUUUUUUUCCUCUUCCUCCUCCUCCUCCUCUCUUCCUUUCCUCUUUUUCUUCCUCCUCCUUUCUCCUCUUCUUUCCUCUUCCUCUUCCCUCCCUCUCCUCCCUUCAUCUCCUCCUCCUCCUCUUUGUCCUUCAAUACAUUUCUCUCCUAACUUGAAUAUUUUCCUGUUUUUUUUUUUUUUUUCGUUUUCCUUUUUCUUUCAUUUUUUCUCUGAUUUUCCUGUUUAUCUUUUUUUCUUUCUCUAUUCUUCUUCUUCUUCUUCUUCUUCUUCUUCUUCUUCUUAGCGGUCUCUCAGAAGUGGUGAUGUUGAUGACAAAUUAUUAUUAUUAUUAUUAUUAUUAUUAUUAUUAUUAUUGUUGUUGAUGUUGUUGUUGUCGUUUGAUGUUCCGUUCUCAUCUACUGCCAUAUGUUCCGUGUGCGCGCGCCUGUGUGUGUGUGUGUGUGUGCGCCAAACUUCUCCUCAUGUGCGCGAAAGUCGAGUUUUACAAAUAGUUUUCCCUCGCUCACUCCCUCAUGUGUGCGUGUGUGUGUGUGUGAGUGCGUGUGCGUACGUACACGUGUAGGUAUUACUUCUACCUCAGAGGAAUAGCAAUUAAAGGAAGGAAGGGGUUUUCGUGUGCGCAUGUGUGUGUGCGUAUCGGUGUAUGUGCGUGUGUGUGUGUACUCAUGUUUAUAUUGGUAAAAAAAAAAAACUAUUAUGAAAGAGAGAGAGAGAGAGAGAGAGAGAGAGUAUAACAUUGUACAGCCCAUAGUAUUAAUUUCCUCAUUAUAAAUUCUUACAAAUAUUAUUACCAUUAUCAGAAGCUUUAUUAGGAGAGCUGAAAACAAGCAAGCAAGAAAAGAAGAAGACAAAAGAAGAAAAUGAUGAUGAUAAUGAAGAAAAUGAUGAACAAAAUCACCACAGAAAAGAAAAAAGAAAGAAAAUGAGACACAAAAUCGGGUGUUGUAAUUUAUCAGCGAAUUACGAAACUGUCACAAUUUUAUUUAUUUUUUACUUUCUUUACGAUUUCCGACGAUGUGUUCUCCCGAUAUUUUCCUUCUGAUUACCGACGAUGUGUUCUCCCGAUAUUUUUCUUCCGAUAUCCGAAUACCCUACGCCCUUGUCCACCCAGCAGUGAAUGGGUACCAGGUAUUAAUCGGGGGUUGUGUCCCGUCUCCUGGGGUGUGUUCCCUUCUCCUAUAACUCAUUCCCCUCCUGUCUCUCCGGCAUAUGACCACAGAAUGAGGGAGAUAUGGAGGAAAGGAGAAUAAGGAAGAGAGAGAGAGGGGGGGGGGAAUGAGAAAGGGAGGAAAGAGUAAUUGGAAGAGAGAUAGAAGGGAACGAGAGAGAGAGAGAGAGAGAGAGAGAGAGAGAGAGAGAG